AUGGCCUCUGCGAGAUUUUUUUUAUUUAUUGUCUCAGUCAGCUACUUGUCAGUACAAUUGACUCUGACUGCAACAUCCUGUAGUCGUGGAUAUUUUUUGGAUAGUAGCAAUUGUUAUCCUUGUACACCUGGUACAUAUUGUCCUGAUGGAUAUCGACAACUACCAUGCAAUCCAGGAGACUAUCAAGAUUCAUUUGCAUCGUCAUCCUGCUCAAGUUGUCAAAGUGGCUAUUUCACUUUACAAUCAGGUUCGAUUACAUGUGAUAUAUGUCCAAUAGGAUCGAUGUGUCCAAACACUGAUAGAGAUCCUAUCAGUUGUCCAUCUGGAACAUAUCAAGAUACUUAUGGUGCAACAAACUGUCGACAAUGUUCACAGGGUUACUAUUCAACAUCCUCAAGUUCACAUCAAUGCCAAAUCUGCCCAAAGGGUUCUGAAUGUCCUCGUCCAGAUCAAUCCCCAUUGGCAUGCCGACCAGGUACAUAUUCCAGUGAUUAUGGUGCUUAUUCAUGUUCUCAAUGUUCUUCGGGAUGGUAUACAACCCAGACAGGUGCCGUAUUAUGCAAUAUUUGUCCCGAAGGAAAUGAAUGUCCACGAGUCGAUCAGCCACCCACCAUGUGCCGACCGGGCACAUAUUCUCCGUAUCCAGGAUCAUCAUGCGUAUCAUGUCCAACAAAUACUUAUGCCACUAGUUCUGGACAAGUGUCUUGUAAUGCAUGCCCACUGGGAUAUGAAUGUACACAAAGCGAUCAACAACCACGAGUUUGUGCUCGUGGAUUUUAUCGUGAUGGAUCGAUGAAUUCUUGCCAACGAUGUUCUUCCGGAAUGUGGACUAAAAACACGACAUCAGUUCGCUGUGAAAUUUGCCCCGUGGGAUCUGAAUGCUCUACUACUGAUUCUUCGCCGUUACCAUGUCGCAUUGGUACCUAUGCGUCAAGUAUUAAUACUGUUACAUGUUCUCAAUGCAGUACAGGAUACUAUACAGUUGAAGUAGGAUCCAUUCAAUGCGAAAUAUGUCCUAGAGGCUACUAUUGUCCACAACCUGAUACAGCACCAUUAGCUUGUCCUAAUGGAACUUAUAGUGACUAUAAACAAACUCAGUGUAGUCAAUGUUCGUCUGGUUACUACUCUUUGACUUCGAAAUCUGCUGAUUGUAUAUUAUGUCCUCGAGGUUUUGCCUGUGGCGAUCCGAGUGCAACACCGCAGGCUUGCGCUGUAGGUACCAGUGCAGAUUACGGAGCUCGCUCAUGUGCAUCUUGCUCUCAAGGAUAUUAUUCAGUUCAAAAUAGUUCCGCUACGUGUACACCAUGUGCACCUGGAUAUUUUUGUGAUGAUUCAACAAAAUGUCCUCAGCAGUGUUUACCAGGUAGUUAUUCAUCAGCCGCUCAAACGAAUUGCUAUCAAUGUUCAUCGUCGUGUUCAUCAAAUCCUGGUGUUUUCGAUUGUUCGACAUGUGUAACAGCGAAACCAACGGGAUGCCAAUAA